UCUUUUUUCAGAGCUUUGUAGCCUCCUUUUAGCAUUUGAAACACACACACUCUCUCUCUAUCUUGAAACCCCAACCCAUAAUUUACAUUCAUUUUUUAAUAACUCCCUUUUCCUUCAUCCUUAUUUCUCUCUCUUCAUAGUACACAUAAAAAAUAUUAAACUAUUAUCAAUCAAUUAUCAAUGAUAUAAAUAUAAAUAUAAAAUUUAUCAUCAUCAUAUUUCAUGCUCCCUUUCAAGUUUUAUUCAGAGUUUAUUAGAUCUACUUCACAAGAAAAAUUGUACUAGAAUUUAUAGAACCCUAAUUCUACGGAUUUGAAAAUUGAUUGGUUUUUCGACUGUGGAAGUGAAAAAGCUUGACAUCAAUUGGAUUGAUUUUCAGUCAAGUCGAGGUGAUGAUCGAUUGGAAUUGUUAGAAGGGGUGUUGUGAGUUUAUUUUUUUGUGACGGAUUAUAGGUUGACUUGAUUGAAAACAUCAGAUUUGUAUUCGAUGAUCGUUGUUAGUCGUUGAUUUUGAUAUAGAGUGGUUGGCUGCUGAAAUAGGGAUGUACUUUUGUUGAAAUUGAUUGCAAAUUGCAAGUCCUUUUCAAUUAUAUAAGUUGACUUAUUAUAGAUUAAAUAUAUAGCAGCUAACUUAUCAAAGAUUGGCUUGUAAUAUAUAGUCUUUUGAUAGAAAUAUAGUUGAGUUACACCUGUACAAUUGUCUAUCGGGUUGUUGAAAGUUUUAGCUACUCUGAAGUGUUUGUCUGAGUAUCAUAUUUUUCCGGGCUGUAUCAUAAAGGAAAAUGGAAGCAGAGGCAUUGAGUUCUGAACAGGUGAAGAAUAAAAUGGAGACGAAGAGAUUGAGUACUGAUAACCCUCCUGGCUUUCUUAGCCGAGCACUUCCGGCUGUUAUACCCGUGCUUUUGAUUUCGAUAGGAUAUGUUGACCCUGGAAAGUGGGUGGCUAGUGUUGAGGGUGGUGCAAGGUUUGGUUUUGAUCUGGUAGCUUUCACACUUAUUUUCAAUUUGGCUGCUAUCUUCUGCCAGUACUUAUCUGCAAGGGUUGCUGUUAUCACUGAAAGAGAUCUUGCUCAGAUUUGCAGUGAUGAGUAUGAUACAUGGACAUGCCUUCUCCUAGGAAUUCAAAUGGAACUUUCAGUGAUUAUGCUAGAUCUUAACAUGAUCUUGGGCAUGGCACAAGGAUUAAAUCUUAUUUUUGGGUGGGACUUGUUCACCUGUGUCUUUUUAACCGCCACUGGUGCUGUUUUUCAUAUACUUCUUGCUGUCCUCCUUGACAUUGAAAAGGCGAAAUUCCUAGGGCAGUUUGUGGCAGGCUUUGUAUUACUUUCUUUUAUACUUGGACUACUCAUCAACCAAUCAGAAAUUCCACUUCCCAUGAAUGGAAUACUAAUGAAGUUGAGUGGGGAGAGUGCAUUUAUGCUGAUGAGUCUUCUUGGAGCAACUCUUGUGCCUCACAACUUUUACCUUCAUUCCUCUAUUGUACAGUGGCAUAAGGGACCAAAAAACAUUUCUAAAGAUGCAUUGUGUCAUAACCAUUUUUUGGCCAUCUUAUGUGUCUUCAGUGGCCUUUAUUUGGCAAAUAAUAUGUUGAUGACCACCUCAGCAAAUGAGUUCUCUAGUACAGGUCCUGUUUUGCUUACUUUUCAGGAUGCACUGUCACCAAUGGAACAGGUGUUGCGCAGCCCAAUAGCUCUGCUUGGUUUUGUACUCAUUUUGUUUCUAGCAAAUCAAACUACUGCUUUGACUUGGAGUUUAGGCGGAGAAGUAGUAGUUAAUGGGUUCUUAAAGUUGGACAUUCCAGGCUGGCUUCACUAUUCCACAAUUAGAGUGAUUGCUGUGCUGCCUGCCCUUUAUUGCGUCUGGAGUUCAGGAGCUGAAGGGAUGUAUCAGCUACUCAUAUUCACUCAGGUGUUAGUAGCUCUGCAACUUCCAUCUUCUGUGAUUCCCCUUUUUCGAGUAGCUAUGUCGAAAUCAAUAAUGGGCGCACACAAGAUCUCCCAGCCGGUGGAACUUUUGGCAUUGGUCAUAUUCAUCGGGAUGCUUGGCUUGAAUAUCAUCUUUUUGGUAGAGAUGAUAUUUGGCAAUAGUGAUUGGGCAGCUGAUUUGAGAUGGAAUGUGGGGAAUGGUGUGUCUGUCUCAUAUUCCAUUCUUCUCAUCGCUGGUUUAAUAUCACUAUGCCUGAUGCUUUGGUUAGCCGCCACCCCGUUAAGAUCUGCCAAUAUUCAAGUGUUGAAUUGGGAUAUGCCGGAGACUGUAUCGAAUCCGCUGGUUGAUGGUGAAGAAUCAUAUAUAACUGAAACAGUGUCUCAUGAAGAUGCAUCUGUUGAAGCCGACGAACCAAAACCAGCUCUGGCAAGGACAUUUGAGUACUCAGAACUCGCAAGUUGUCGUCCUGAUUUACCUGAAACGAUAAUGGAACCUGAUCUCCAAGCGAAUGCUUUAAUGUUGAAUCAUUCUGUUACACCAUCAGUUUCCACUUCAGAGUCAGGGGCAGUAUCAACUGUGGUUAAUGAUAAUUCUGAUUCUAGAUCUGAAGACCAAAAACCUAUAAUGGAAACGAAUGCCCCAAUUGAGAAGAAUGUGGAAAUUGAAGAUUAUUCAAACGCUGAAAGGGAUGAUGACGAUGGAGACUCUUGGGAAACCGAAGAAUCAACCAGAGUAGUCUUGGCAAAUCCCCCAUCGUCAACAUCAGAAGGCCCUCCAUCAUUCAGGAGUAUUAGUGGGAAAAGUGAUGAUGGUGGGGGUAGCUUCGGAAGUCUAUCGAGAAUAGAAGGAUUAGGACGUGCUGCAAGACGUCAGCUAGCGGCUAUUCUUGAUGAAUUCUGGGGACAACUUUAUGAUUUCCAUGGGCAAGCAACCCAGGAAGCUAAGGCUAAGAAAAUUGAUGUUUUGCUGGGGCAGGGAGUAGAUUCAAGACCCACUGGAUCCUUGCAGAAAAUGGAUGCAUGUGGUAAGGACUAUUCUGAAUACUUAGUAUCUGAAGGUGGUAGAGCUUCCGACACUUCAAUCAACGCCGGUCCAUAUGACUAUUCCAAGCAGUCUUCAUAUGGUCUCCAAAGGAGUUCUUCCUCCGUGCGGGCAAAUCCCAUGCAGUUAUUGGAUGCAUAUGUACAAAAUUCCAGCCGGAAUUUCAUUGAUUCUGGUGAGAGGCGCUAUUCUAGUGUUCGCAGUCUUCAUUCAUCCGACGCUUGGGAUUAUCAGCCAGCUACAAUACAUGGUUACCAGACUGCAUCCUAUCUUAGCCGGGGUAUGAAAGAUAGAAGUUCUGAAAACAUAAAUGGUUCAAUGCCAUUGUCAUCACUGAAGUCUCCUUCCACAGGUAAUCCGAACUACAGGGAUUCCCUUGCAUUUGCUCUGGGGAAAAAGUUGCAUAAUGGCUCAGGUGUAGGCCAUCCCCCUGGGUUCGAAAAUGUAGCUGUCUCUCGAAAUCGCCAACUACAAUCUGAGAGGUCCAAUUAUGAUUCCUGCUCCUCUGGAACUUCAGCUAAUACAGUCAAUUCAGUGAACACUAAGAAGUACCACAGCUUGCCGGACAUUUCAGGAUACUCCAUCCCCCACAAAGCUGGCUACGUGUCUGAUAAAAAUCUACCAUGGGAUGGUUCUGUUGGAUAUGGAUCUUUUGCUGGUAGAAUGGGUUAUGAACCAUCUUUAUAUCCAAAUUCUGGAUCAAGAACAGGAGCUCAUUUGGCCUUCGAUGAAGUCUCUCCAUCUAAAGUGUACAGAGAGGCACUCUCUUCACAGCUGAGUUCUGGUUUUGACACUGGAUCCCUCUGGUCUAGACAGCCUUUUGAGCAGUUUGGUGUUGCUGAUAAAAUCCAUGAUGUUGCAUUGGAAGGUGCAGGAAGCAGGCCUAAUGUAAUUGUUCAAGAAACUUCAUUUGAGGUUGUAGAGGUGAAACUUCUCCAGUCUGUUCGACUUUGCAUUAUGAAGCUCUUAAAACUGGAGGGAUCUGAUUGGUUGUUUAAACAGAAUGAUGGAAUUGAUGAGGAUCUGAUUGAUCGUGUAGCAGCAAGGGAAAAGUUUGUUUAUGAAAUUGAGGCUAGGGAGACAAAUCAGGUCAUUCAUAUGGGUGAUACUCGCUAUUUUCCUUCUGAUAGGAAACCUGUUUCUUCGAUUAAAAACAAUGAGGCAAAUGCCUCAAGUCUUUUGUCAGUUCCUAACUGUGGAGAGGGAUGUGUGUGGAGAACAGAUUUAAUAAUAAGCUUUGGGGUCUGGUGUAUCCACCGUAUUCUUGACCUCUCAGUUUUGGAAAGCCGGCCAGAGCUUUGGGGGAAAUACACCUAUGUGCUCAACCGCCUCCAGGGCAUCAUCGAACCAGCUUUUUCGAAGCCCCGUACUCCAUCGGCCCCAUGUUUUUGCCUUCAAGUUCCCACUUCACACCAGCAAAAGUCAAGCCCUCCUCUUUCUAACGGGAUGCUACCCCCAACUGUGAAAGCAGGCCGAGGCAAAUGCACAACUGCAUUAACGUUGCUUGAGCUGAUUAAAGAUGUGGAGAUCGCCAUCUCUAGCAGGAAAGGACGUACAGGUACUGCAGCUGGUGAUGUGGCUUUUCCAAAGGGGAAGGAAAAUUUGGCGUCUGUUCUCAAACGGUACAAGCGAAGGUUAUCAUCCAACAAGCUAGUUGGCAAUCAGGAAGGGACUGGUUCUCGCAAGGUCGCCUCAUCAGGAUCAUACAACCAAUAACAUUUUGCAUUAACAAAAUCAGGUUUCUUUGGGGAUGUUUUAUAAUUUAUACUGUGCAGCAGCUCAUACCUAGAUCAAGGAGUGCUCUGCCUCCAUGUAUCAAAUUCCUUUGCAGAAGAUUUUAUCUUUGUAUGUUACAUACAUAUAAGGAAGAAUUAUAUGCAAUUGUGGAAAAAUGAAAGAUAAAAAUGGAUAGAUGGAAAAUAGCUCCAAUUUGUUUUUGUUUUGUUUGGAUUUCGUUCCUUAUCUAGCUAGUGGAUAGAAGGCAGGGAAACAAUUAAGUUUUGACCCGGUUGUUUCCUUGAUUAACUUUUGUAUAAACACUGAAAUUUUGUUGUUUGAAAGUUUUCGCAAUGAAGUCUGAAAAAAAUGUUAUACAAGUUAAAAA